GCUCUACUGUAGCACAUACCUGGUGCAGAGAGAUGAGGAUGUUCCACACUAAACAAUGACUUGGGUCGCAGUUAGACUCUGCACUCUGUCCUGAACUCAGAAUGGAGGGAGACGCGGGCAAAGUUCAGGCUGACAGAGAGAGAGAGAGAGUGAGUGAGAGAGAGAGUAAGAGAGAGGGAGGAGGGGGAGAGAAAAGCGAGAAAAAUCACCUUCGAAAGCAAAACAACAGCCGGCAGAAGUGGAGACGCGGGAGAAGACCAGGAAAAGUGGACACGAGUCCUUACUGAAAACGGAUAAACAGAGCGUACGGAUACACCCAGCUGGGUAAUGGAGGGAGGAGAGGAGCGAGGGAUGGAGGGACGAGUGCGCAGGCUUUCGGCUCUGCAGCAACAACUGCUCUCCUCUCUCUUGGGCUCCGGCGUGACCCGGGAAGUGCUGAUCCAGGCCGUCGGCGAGCUGGAGAGAGAGCGGAACCGAGCCGGAACCGGAAUGGGAGGAGGCGCCGGAGCAGAACGCAUGGAAACGGCCGAGCGGACGGACGGAGAGAGCUCCGAGGACGGAGACGCCGACUUCCCUCCACCCAUCUUCAGGGAGAUCGAGAAGCUCCCUCCAGAGGAAGCAGCUAGGCAAAGGGCUGAGGUGGAGCAGCUGCUGCAAGAGGACCCAUGGCGUGUGGCAAAGAUGGUGAAGAGCUACAUGCAGCAGCACAAUCUUCCUCAGAGGGAGGUGGUGGAGGCGACGGGACUCAAUCAGUCGCACCUGUCACAGCAUCUGAACAAAGGGACGCCCAUGAAGAACCAGAAACGAGCCGCGCUUUACAGCUGGUACGUCAAGAAACAGGACGAGAUCAGCCAGCUCUUUAUUGCAGAGUUUACCAAUGCAAGUCGGGGAAUGGUUCUGGGGGAGGAGCCAAGUGAAGAAAACAGGAAGGGGCGGAGAAACCGGUUUAAAUGGGGCCCCGCAUCACAACAGAUCCUGUUCCAGGCCUACGAGCGCCAGAAAAACCCCAGCAAGGAGGAGAGAGAGGGACUGGUGGAGGAGUGUAACCGAGCGGAGUGUUUGCAGAGGGGCGUGUCUCCAUCACAGCUGGCCGGUUUGGGUUCGAACCUGGUGACAGAAGUGCGUGUUUAUAACUGGUUCGCUAAUCGCCGCAAAGAGGAAGCGUUUCGCCACAAACUGUCAGUCGACCCACCUUACAGCAGCCAAUCAGCAUCCGGGACAGAGCAGAGCAUCCUGCCCACUCCCACACAAGGUAUGAAGUUUACUUCCUCUGUAGUGUGUGAGGGCAUAGGGGCAUUGCGGCAUGCUGGGAGCGGAGACAGAGCGGACGGAGGACACCUGGGGACGGGUCUGAUCCAGCUGGAGCCGAGUCACAUGCUUCUGGAAGCACAUCAGCACAAACUGGUAUCAGGAGGAGGGUCUCUGCCGCCCGUUAGCACCCUGACAUCUCUCCACAGCGUGUCUCACACACACUCCAGCUCGUCGCAGGGCCUCAUCAUGGCCUCCUUACCCAGCGUCAUGAGUCUGGGAGACUCGUCUCUGCUCAUAGGUCUCACGUCCGCUCAGCCACAGUCGGUUCCCGUCAUCAACAACGUAGGGGGCGGGUUUACCACGCUCCAGCCAAUCACCUUCCAGCAGCAGCUCCAUGCAUCCACCCAGCAGCCAAUCACGCAGCAGCUGCCAAGUCACAUGACUACGAGUCCCUUCAUGGCCACGAUGGCGCCGCUGUCCUGCCAUAUGUACAGUAAGACAGAUCUGACGUCGUAUCCCUCCUCCAGCCUCCUGUCCCAGGCGAUGGUCAUCGCCGACAGCAGCAGCAUCGGAACCCUCGCUAAUCUCACCACAGUCCGACAGACGCUGAGCUCGGACUCUGAGGAACACACAAACACCCCGAUCCAGGAGGAGUCACUACACCUACAGUCCAGCUCUCCAGUACCAGUGUCCUCCAGCAGUCUGGAUCUUUAUCCUCAAACCCAGUCCAGCGAGUCCCACACCUCGCACCUGCUCACGUCAUCACCCUCAGACAUCGGCCCCUACAUACCUGCACAGAUGGUCUCUACCGCUCAAUAGCAGCAGCAGCAAACUCAGUGGAACCUACCAUCACGCCUCAGAAAUGGGGGGGACUAUAUAUAUAUAUAUAUAUAUAGUUUAAAUAGUUUCUGCGAGUAAGGAUGUAAAAACCUUACUGACAUUGAACAUUAACCCAUGUGUGUCUCCGAGGAAUCUCUGUGGAUGAAGAUGAUGAUGGAAAAUUCUCAGGGAUUAGUAAUUUCACCGAUGAGGUUUAAAAUGCACAAAAUAAAUAAAUAACUGAGAUCUGCGUGAAUCUACACACAUCCCAAUAGUGUCGAGGAGUCACGGGGACAGUGUGGGCGGAGCUUAAGUUCAAUUUGAUCAGCCAAUCCUGAACUCGAUCGUCACCACAUCAUCUUGGGCGGAAACUAUGCCGCUUAAAACACUGCUUCUAAUUCCAGGACAUAACACUAAUUAGCUACGUAGACAUAAAUAGUGCGUGAUGAUGUCAUCAAGUUAGCGAUGGAUUGUCAAUCAGCAGCCCCUGACCUGAACCCAGACCCAACAGUAAUUAUUAUCCUUAAACACUUUGAAUUUCCUCUGUAAAUAUUAUUUUGAUGUAUGAAAUGAAUUAAAAUUGUAUAUAAAAAAACAAACAAA